GUGAAUGUCCUGGAGAGAUGAAGGUCUGAUUCUUCUAAAUCAAGGUGGCAAGCGGGAAGUCUGAAAAGGGAAAUCGGGCCGCUUUCCUAAUAUGGAUUCCCGACAUUUCUCCGCAAUCCCCAGAUUAUUAUAUAUGUAUAUAAAGGCGUAGAAGGGGACAAGGGAAGUAUUUUAAAAAGCCCCCCAAAAAAAAUCACAUGCAAGGCCGGUCAGAGACAGUGCACUAUGUCUACACCAAAGCUAUUCUCGAGAUCGGCCGUCCGCGCGGCUUCUCAACUCACCAAGGCUGCGGGCGAUAUUUCAAGCGUCUUCCCGAGUUUGAGACCCGGUUACCAGCCAGAGCCGCUGCCCCCUCGAUUCAAAGACCUGAAGCGGGAACUGUUCCAUAGGCAUGAAAAUGCCUUGAAGAAGAGUUGGCAAAGACUGCUACCAAGUCUGGAAGAGGAGGUGCAGAAGAUCAAGGAAAAAGGGAGCGAGAUCAUCCCUUCAGUUGAAUAUUCGGAUGUUGUUUCUGGUAGGAUUACCCCGGAAAUGCUGGCGGAGAUCCACCGUCGAGGAACAGUUGUUGUCAGAAAUGUGAUGCCUCGAGAAAAAGCCCUUGAAUGGAAACAAAGGAUCAAAGACUAUGCAGCUGCCAACCAGGAACGAGUCAAGGCAUUCCCUCCUGACUCGCCAGCAGUAUACGAGCUGUACUGGACUCCAUCACAAGCGGAAGCCAGAGCUCAUCCCAACAUGCUCGAUACCCAGCGCUUUUUGCAGCGCCUCUGGCACUCAUCAGACCCCAACACGCGUAUAUCUACUCGGAAUCCACUGACCUAUGCGGACCGACUUCGCAUUCGACUACCCGGUGACAGCAAGUUCACACUGGGUCCUCACAUUGACGGUGGCUCGCUGGAGCGGUGGGAGGACCCCGAGUAUUCUCAGGUAUACGCCAAAAUCCUCGAAGGCAAAUGGGAAGAAUACGACCCCUGGGACGCGAAGCACCGCGUAACCGCGCAGAUGGAUUUGUAUAACGGGGCUGGCGCCUGUUCCAUGUUGAGAUUCUUCCAAGGAUGGCUGUCGAUGUCCAAGACCGCUCCAGGAGAGGGAACAUUGCAUGUCUGUCCCAUGCUGAUCCACAGCACAGCCUAUACUCUUCUGCGGCCAUUCUUUGACACCAACACGUUGCAGCCAGCCAUGGAUGCUAUGUUUCCAGGAGCUGACCCGGGCGCUUGCCAGGAAUAUAACCCUGUGACACACCCACACCUCGAGCUUGAAACAACCAUGGUUUCUGUUCCAGAGGUAGAACCUGGUGACUACGUCGCCUGGCACUGCGACUCAUUGCAUUCUGUAGAUAAGGAACACCACGGCAAGGACGAUUCCAGUGUCCUUUACGUUCCUGCCACUCCCAUGUGCGACAUGAACGUCGACUACCUUGUCAAACAGCGCAAGGCGGCGCUUGCUUACUCGCCGCCUUGGGAUUUCCCAGGAGCUGGCGGUCCGGGUGAGAUCGGCUUUCACGGAGCCCUGGAUUGGAAUUCGCUCAAACUCGAGGGACUCCGUGCGAUGGGAAUGGGAAAUCAGCCAUGGGAGAUCACAAACGACAUGAGUAAUGGAGAAAAGCAGGCCGCUGCGCUACUUCUGGUCGCAUCGUGCGUUCCGUCGACAUUCGCCAUUUACCCCGAUGAAAUCGGUCAUGUUGAUUUCCACCAUGCGCUAUUAGGGGUCCCUUCAUCGCAAUCCACCUUCUUUCUCCAGCCUUCCUCCUCCUCGAAUGCCGCAUUACUUUAUACUUUGUCCGAGAAAUCGCUCCUUGGUGCGGUAAAUCCGAAAGAUGGAUCCCUGGUAUGGAGGCAGAACCUCUCGCGCCCCGCCGAAACCCCAGCCUUGUUACGUGCCUCCGGUGGCACGUAUUCGGUGGUUGGUGCUCUAGGAGACUACGUUUCUUCCUGGAGAUCUCUGGAUGGGAAAUUGAUAUGGGAAAAUACGUUUAUUGGCGAAUCUAUGGUGGACCUGGAACUCCUGGAGCUGGAAGAUGCCUCGGCCGCGGCUUCGACCCGGGACACGAUUGCACUUUCUGGAAGUACGGCAGGGUUUGUUCGGAGGCUGGAUGGAUCGACAGGGAAGGUCAAAUGGGAGCAUAAAGAUGAAAGUGGUGAUACUCCCUUCCAGCUAUCCUCCUCCUCGACUGAUGUCUUCUACAUCUCGCUACAAUCGGUUUCAAAAGGCUAUAAGAUUAAAGUCACAUCUCUGGAUCUCUUGACUGGUCGGCAGACCCAGUCCCAGAUUCUGAACUCCGAAAGCGAUGUCUCCGGACCCGAGUCGGUUAUCUUUGUCGGCGCCAACACUGCAUCUCCAUUGAUUGCUUGGGUGGAUAAAUCAUACAAUACGCUAAAGGUCAACGUUAUUGGGUCGAAGCAGGUAACAACGAUCAACAUCGAUAACACCAGCGGUGAGGAUAUCAAAGCAAUUCAAAUCCAUGCCCCGCACACCCUCAACGCCUUGCCACAUUUCUUGGUUCAGUAUGAGACCGAGUCUGGCUCCUGGGCUGAGGUGUAUCACAUCGAUCUUAAGUCUGCUACCGUAUCCAAAGCCUACAGCCUCCCAUAUCUCAAGGGAUGGUCAGUUUUUGCUACUAGCACCAAAGAUGCGAAUGUUUACUUCACCCGGAUCACCGACUCGGAGACAACGGUGGUGUCCUCUGCUUCUCACGGUAUCCUAGGAAGAUAUUCUCAAUCAACCCCCAUUACGGAUCGCGGUGUACAUGCUGUUUCAGAGGUAGCCAUGAAAGGUGACAGUGUAGCUGUCCGGUCGGCUCUUGUUUUGGCGUCCGGUGAUUGGCAAUUGAUCCAGAACGGUGUCGUUGGGUGGACCAGAUACGAAGCGCUGUCCGGUGCAUUGGCCGCAAACUGGGCCGAGGUUGACGACCAGGAAGACCUAGCACACCAGUUGGAAGUUGAGGGCCACGGGAGCAUCUACGGUGCCUAUUUGCACCGUGUAAAGCGCCAUGCGCGAGAUCUCGAACACCUGCCGGACUGGCUGAAGGAGCUUCCUGGACGCAUUCUUACCAGCUUCCUAACUGACGAAGUUUCAAACCUGGACGGUUUUGGAAUUUCCAAGCCGGUCAUCGUUGCUACCGAUAACGGACGAGUCUAUGCUCUCGAUAGCGGAAACCAUGGCGUCGUUUCCUGGAGUGCCAAGGCCGCUGAAGCCGAUUCUUGGAAUGUGAAGGCAAUCGCAACGCAGCCUGGUGUUGCCACGGUGUAUGUGGAUGAUGGUAGCUCUGUCACCUUGAACAUAACCUCAGGAAAGAUUAUUAAACGCGCUCCUGCCACUCAGAAGCUUCGGUCCAUUGCUGUCAUCAAAGACGGCCCGUCUCCAGCUACUGUUGGCGUCCAAGAAAACGGCGAGCCUGUUGGAGCCCUUGACAGCGCCGGGUUCUUUGUAACCCAGGGUGGUGAUGGACGUAUAUUGGGAUGGAGCCCCAAGGACUCUCAAUCGCCUGUCUGGGAAUUCCUCCCUGCACCUGGCGAGAAGAUUAUCUCUGCCACUGCCCGGCCCCCUCACGACCCUGUCGCAUCAAUCGGCAAGGUUCUAGGGAACCGGUCAGUGCUAUACAAGUAUUUGACCCCCAAUGCUGCCCUUAUUACCGCUGUCGGUGAGACAUCCGCCACAUUCUAUCUCUUGGACGCGAUCACCGGACGGGUUCUCCACUCCAGCACACAUAAGGGAGUCGACACCACGCAGCCCAUCGCCUCCGCCAUGUCCGAGAACUGGUUUGCAUACUCUUUCUGGUCCGAGGGUCCCGAUGCCUCCGACGCAAAGGGAUACCAACUCGUCAUCUCUGAGAUGUACGAAUCCUCGCUUCCCAACGACCGCGGCCCACUGGACUCUGCAUCCAACUACUCUAGCCUCCACGACCUUCCCCUCCCACAUGUAGUCUCUCAAUCCUUCAUCAUUGCGGAACCCAUCUCCCAUAUGGCUGUCACCCAAACUCGCCAGGGUAUCACCACCCGACAGCUUCUCUGCACCCUACCCUCUUCUAAUGCUAUCGUUGGUAUCCCCCGCCCCGUUCUGGACCCCCGCCGCCCCAUCGGCCGAGACCCCACCUCCACAGAAGCCGAAGAGGGACUCAUGAAGUACAUCCCAUUCCUCGACUUCGAUGGCAGAUGGUACCUCUCCCACGUACGCCAAGUAGCCGGCAUCCAGAAUGUACUUUCUGCCCCAACUCUCCUCGAGAGUACGAGUCUUGUUUUCGCGUUUGGAGGUGAUAUCUUCGCGACGCGAGCCACCCCCAGUCAGGCCUUUGAUGUGCUAGACAAGGGAUUCUCGAAGCUCCAGCUGCUCAUGACGAUUGUGGGGUUGUCUGUCGGUGUUAUGAUACUGGCACCCAUGGCCCGAAAGAAGAGAAUUGACAUGCUUUGGAAAACAAGGUAA